AUGAUGGGAGAGUUUAGACUCCCAGAGGAAGUGUGGAUCCACGUGUUUACUUUCCUUUCCAUUCAUGACAAAUUAAGCGCCCGCUGCAGCUGCAGACUUUUUAGAAGGCUGAUUGAUUGUCCUGUUUUGUGGAAAAACACCACGCUGUGUAUCGAAAAAAUCAACUCCUUCACGUGUCAUAACUGGAGAACUCUGAGGAACAGGAAAAUACAAUCGGUUGUGGUGCUAAAGACCAGAAGUAGUGAGUGGAGGCAGCUUGCGUUGCGGCUCCCAUGGAUUCAGUCAGUCACUGUGGACGUGUGCUGCUCCACCAGCCUUAACUCACUGCCUGAGUUUACUAAUCUAACCCGACUUGUUCUCCGGCGGUGUGUGUGUCCGAGUUUAACCUCACUAUCAGCACUACACGACCUGUCUCACCUCAGCCUGUGUGAGGUUGUUUCUGCUUCAACGUCGGACAUUAUACAAGCUCUUUCCCAGCUCACUAAUCUCACUUCACUUCAUUACCACGAUUACAAGAACCAAAUACCACCAGCAGAAUUUCGCCAUCUGUUACAACGCCUGCCGAAAUUAAAACACCUCUCUUGGAACCUAAGGCCAAGAAGUAUAAACCAUUUAUACAAGGAUGCCCUAUUUGUUCCUGAAGAUCCUCAGUACAGAAUGCCAGCAUUGGUCAGCCUGGAAUUGCUGAACUACGAGGUCCCCAUUCUCUCUCCUGUGGCCUUGCAGGGUCUAACUUCCCUCAGAUUGUUGACGGUGCAAUAUAAAGGCCAUCUGGAACCACACCAGUGGCCCAUUCAAACAUGGCUGUCACAAAUGCCUCUCCUCUCAGAGCUAAAUAUUUCAUUGGGAUAUCAGCUUGGUGUCUAUGCUAACUCAGUGCCUCCAACUGUGCAUCGCUUGUCUCUGAAAGGAGUGAGAGCAGACUUUAAUGCUUUGAGAGUCUUGGCUCAACGAGUGCCAGAUCUUCUGCACCUGCACCUGGAUCUAUGUUUCCAUAACAUUCAAAGCCUCAUUGCAGAGAUUCCUCAGCUUUUCCCCAAGCUGCAGAGCCUGGCAAUAAGACAAUACAAGCUUCCUGCGGAGGAAUUUCUUGGACUUGCACAGUUGCCUCAUCUUAAUUAUUUAGUUAUUCUGGAUCCUUCUGUUGGACCAAAUUCAGCUUUAAUGGAUCUGACUGAGAAAAUGCACAUCCAGACCAACUACAGAGUUAAUGUUGUUCCUUUCUCACGACCAAAACACCCAUAUGCUUGUCAUUGUGCAAAUUACUGAUAUUUAGCCUGUACAGCAGUUCUGUACACACAGAAAAGAGGAAAGCAUAUAGAGAGAAAAGCAUAGUGUUACUUGAUAAAGGUGUUAUAAUAAUCUGCCAAAAGCAAUAGGUAGUAUUUGCAAGAUGAUACAUGGUUAUAAUUUUAUUGAUCUGAUUUGUGCUGUUAGAGAACAUCUUUCAUGAAUAUACUGGUUAAUUGCUUAGAAAGAACCAAGUCUCUAUGCUAGGACCUCUUCAGAAAACAUUUACUUUAAUGACUCCUCAGAUUUAUAGUACACUCUUCAGGUCUUUCUAUUGCUCUCCAUAACAACUCACCUAUUUUGUAUUUUUAUAACAUAUAACAGUAAUCUGGCUGCUAAUAAAUCAGUAUAUUCCAUUUA